ACGCUUGUGGCUGCAAGCCUGCAACGCACGGCAGCUGCUGCACGCACAGACCAAAGAAAACAAAAGAGCCAAGCAGGCGCGAAGAAGCAGAGACCAGAGAGGCCACAGCAUGGCGACCACGGCGUUCCUGUCCCCUGCCAAGCUAGCCCCGCAAGCGCAAGGGCGCCGGUUCGCGGGCGCCAAGACGGCGGGGCGCGUCAGGUUCCCUCCGGCGCGCGCCCAGCCGGAGCAACAGGUGAAGGAGGUCGAGGCCGAGGCGGCGGGCGUGCCGCCGGCGCAGGGGUCGGACGAGCCGGCGAAGGCGCGGAAGGGGGACGCGCAAUCGCUGCCGCGGCAGCCGCUGGCGGAGAGCAAGAACAUGAGCCGGGAGUACGGCGGGCAGUGGCUGAGCAGCACGACGCGGCACGUCCGCAUCUACGCGGCCUACAUCGACCCGGAGACCAACGCGUUCGACCAGACGCAGAUGGACAAGCUCACGCUCAUGCUCGACCCCCAGGACGAGUUCGCCUGGACCGACGAGACCUGCCAGAUGGUCUUCAACGAGUUCCAGGACCUCGUCGAUCACUACGAGGGGGCCGAGCUGUCAGAGUACACGCUUCGGCUGAUUGGGUCUGACCUUGAGCACUACAUCCGCAAGCUGCUGUACGACGGGUUGCUCAAGUACAACAUGAGGUCCAGAGUCCUCAACUUCAGCAUGGGCAAGCCUCGGAUCAAGUUCAACAGCAGCCAGAUCCCCGAAGCAAAAUAGAAUGAACCCAACACUGAGAGAGAAUGGUUUCUCCAUUCAGUCGCUGAGCAAUAUGUAUACUUUUGCAGUUAUACCCACGUUAAUAGAGGCUGGGGCAAAAUAAGGAUACACGCCUGUCUAAACGCCAACUCUGUUUGUAGGGCACUGUGAUUGGAUACUGGUUUCCAGAACGCCAUAGUUUUUCCAUA